AGUGAGAUGAAACAGUGGUCACCUGAACAAGGAAUUAGAGCAAUGCUAAAAAGGGUCCGGGAUGUCAGAGGAGUGCAGCCUUGUUACAGAGACGAUGUUGCUGAAAUAAUGAAGGAUAUGGAUGCAAGUGGUCUUCAGAGGAGAUCUCCUGGAAAGAAGAAAAUUCCCCGUCGAAAUUACAUCAGCUGUGGUCCAAAUGACACCUGGCACAUUGACGGCAAUGAUAAAUUAAAGUUCUUUGGAAUGUGGAUACAUUUAGGGAUUGAUGGAUUUUCCAGGAAAGUUCUUUGGUUAAAGGUGGGUACUUCCAACCGCAAGCAAAGAUUUGUGGCAAGAUACUUCUACGAGGC